AUGUUACAAAAAUCUGCUGAUGACGAACAAGAGAAAUCUAAAUUAGAACAAAUUUCUAUUAUUGCUAAACGAGAUGCUGAUGAAAAAGCAUUUCGUAUUUGUUUACCACCAUGUCGUUUUCUUUCUGAAUUAACAUGGAUUGAAGAAGAUAGAGAAAAAGAAUUAUUACCACCGUGUAUGGUAGAAGUUCGUGUUCAUUGUGUUGGUAUUAAUUUUCGUGAUGUACUCAAAUCACGUGGUCUUUAUCCACAUACGCGCCCUUUUGCACAAUCUGAUGAAAAUCAACCAAAACUUGAUCGAGAUACAGAACCAGGUUCAGAUUUUGUUGGUACUAUUAUACGUGUAGGUCCUACAACAACUAGUUUUCAAGUUGGUGAUCAUGUUGUCGAUGUUACUGGUGAUGGUACAUAUCAUUCUCAUAUUAUGAUUAAUUCACAACUUAUAAUACGUAUUCCAUCUGAUUCUCCUCUUACUGAUGAACAAUUAUGUGGUCUACCAUGUCCAAUUUUAACAGUUAUAUAUUCUCUUAAAUAUCGUGUUCAUUUACAAUCUGAUCAAACUGUUCUUAUUCAUGCUGCAACAGGUGCUGCAGGUCAAAUGUGUAUUCAAUAUUGUCAAUAUAUUGGUGCUCGUGUUAUUGCUACAGCUGGAACUGAAGAAAAACGACGUUUUCUUCGUGAACAUUAUGGUAUUGAACAUGUAUUUAAUAGUCGAGACACGUCUUUUGUUAAUGAUAUACGUCAAAGCCUCCCACAAGGUAUUGAUGUUAUUGUUAAUUCAUUAUCAGGCAAUUUACUCAAAGAAUCAAUUAAAUUAUUAGCAUAUCGUGGUCAUUUUGUUGAAUGGGGUAAACAAGAUAUUUACCAUAAUGGCAAUUUAUCAAUGUUUCAAUUACGAUCGGAUUGUAGCUUUCAUGUAAAUGAUUUUAUUUCACUAGCUGAUCAUGUAUCACCUCUUAUGCGUCUUAUGCUUGAAGAAGCAAUUAAUUUAUUUAUUCAACGUAAAUUACGUGCUGUUGAACCAACAGUAACUUACGAACCAUCUCAAGUAAUAGAAGCAUUAUUAAGAUGUAAUAGUGGUCAAGUUAUGGGUAAAGCAGUUUUUUGUAUAACUUCAUCCGAUCAAUUGUUAAAUAUUAAUAAAAAUCAAUCAAAUAAUUUAUUAAAAGUUGUAAGUGAUAAUACAAUGUUUUCAUUAGAAGUUUAUAUUCAAGGAACAAUUUAA